AGCUCCGGGCGGCCUGGCCCAACCAGCGGGCUGCGCGCCUGCGGGGGGCUGCGGGACGGCCGCCAGCAGGAGAAGAAUAAGCCGCCAGCGGGAGAAUAAGCCGCCGCAGGUCGCUCCUGAAGUUGAGACCCCGGACCCGAGCUGGGACCCAAACCAGCGCUUUGCGGCUGUCGCUGCGCACCUCGUCCCCGCGGCGACGCUUUGCUUUGGUACCGCCCAAACCCACCCACCCAGCCACCCCCGCCCACCCGGAAACAACGCCGCAGCCGCAGGAGUCUGCCCCGCUCGUUUAACGCUGACGGCUGUGAGCGAAACCAGCGCCUGGAAGGCUGUUUACGACGUGUCUGUUUUGGGGCGGAGCCGCAGCUUUUGCGCUGCCCAGUUACUGCGAGGCGCCUUGGUGACGUUUCGGCGCAGCCUCUUGCUGCCUGCGCGCGCUGAUGACGCGGCGGCGCGCGCCGGCGGGUGACAUGUUGUGAGGCGGCCGAGCGCGCGGCGGUACCGGGCCACGCGCCACCGACGGCGAGCACCCGGGCCGGCGCGCGCGCGCGCCUCUCCCUCUGCCGAGCGCCAUGUUCCGCCGGGCCCGCAUCAACGUGCGGCCCAACGUGCGGCCGGCCGGCAGGGCCACCGGCGGCGCGGCGGACGCGGGGCCUCAGGGCUCGGACUCUCAGGCGGUUACCAGAGCGGAGGCUGCGGCGGAAGCAGCGUCUGUACCCCAGUCGGCCGCGCCGCUGGCUGAGAGCAAUGACAAGGCCAGUAGCUCAAAUGAUGCUGGAGAAGCUAGUAAACCUGCAGAGAUGCCUACGCAGAGAAGAAAACGGAUCUCUACUGUGCCCAAUCUUGUCAAACCCAGAUCUGGACCUUCAUCUGCUCAGCAUUCUGCAUCAAAACCACAGAGGCGAGCAUCACAGGCUCCUGAUGGCAGUACUUCACUUCAGAAGGAUUCAUCUCCAUCAGACAAGAGUAAUGUUGAGAGCCCUUUAAAGUCUCCCACGCUGCCUGAAAAGAAAACACCUGUGCCACAAGUGCCACAGUUUUCCCCACUAAAAAAAUCAGUGAACAAAGAGCAAACUGUAGGUGUACCUGUGCAAAAAAGUGAUGAUACCUUGCAGAAGAAUGUGCCCUCCCCACUCAAGGAGAGACCAACACAGGAAAGAUCAGGAACACAGGAGGAAAAGCUGUCUAUGAAACCAUCACCCGUAAAAGAGAAGCAACUGUGUUCUGACCGUGAAAGGAUCCUCAAAGCUCGGAAGUUAAGAGAAAUGCUUAAAGAAGAGCUGAAGAAAGAGCGGAUGUUGAAACAGAGGCCCCCAAUAAUUGAAGGACGUUCUCCACCAGAUCGUUCUAAAAUGACCAUGAGAGACUUGAUAUAUUAUCUGCCAGAAAACAAUCCAAUGAAGUCUUCACUAGCAGAGGACAAGAGAACUGAAAAAAAUUCUACGCUGAGUCAAUUGAAAGAACAGGAAGAGAAAAGUACACCUGACAAUGACGAAGAAGAUGAGGAGGAAGAAGCAGAGAAUGAGGAGGAAAGUCAGGAUGGUCCACUUCUAGUUCCUCGUGUGAAAGUAGCAGAAGAUGGUUCAAUUAUUCUGGAUGAAGAAAGUUUAACUGUAGAAGUUCUAAGAACAAAAGGUCCAUGUGUUGUAGAAGAAAAUGAUCCCAUCUUUGAGCGUGGCUCUACAACUACAUACUCCAGCUUCAGGAAAAGUUUUUACACAAAACCGUGGUCAAAUAAAGAAACAGACAUGUUCUUUUUAGCUAUCAGUAUGGUAGGAACAGACUUCUCCUUGAUUGGGCGGCUGUUUCCUCAUAGAGCCAGAGCAGAAAUUAAGAACAAGUUCAAACGCGAGGAAAAAGCUAAUGGAUGGAGGAUAGACAAAGCUUUCAAAGAAAAGCGGCCCUUUGAUUUUGAAUUCUUUGCCCAGCUUCUUGAGAAAGUCUUAGCAGAUGAGGGAAGGAGGAAGCAGAAAACUGUUAAAAGCCAGAAGCCAAAGGAAAAGAAGCCAUCACAGCCUCGGAAGAAGCCAAACGCAAAAGCUACCAGCACAGAAGCUGCCAACAAUCAAGAUGAUCUUCAGGAAGCUAGAAUUUUCGGUGCAGAAACAGAAGCAGAUGCUGUGACAGCUGAGAAAGAAAAUGAGGAGUCUUUGGGUGUUUCUGAACAGGCAGAAGAACAGGUUGCAUUUGAGCCAGUGCUAGCAAAAAAAAAGAGAAAGAAGAAAAGAAAAGAUGAUCUUGAACAGGAAGUGGAGAAUUUUACAGAGGAAAUGUCUGUCACUUCUAAAACUGCUGAAAAAGGGAAGUCCUCUAAGAAAACAGAAAAAAAAUUGAUGUGUGAUGCAAACAAUGAUGGUCAUACUUCCCAUAGAGAAGAACAGGAUGGUAUUACUGAAGGAAAACAAGAUGAGACUGUGGUUACAGGGGAAGAGAAAUCAGAGUCCUGUGUACUGGUGGAUGACAUAAUGGAGGGAGAAAGUGAUGUUAAUUUAUGCAGCUUUGAAGAUAGUGAUGAUGUUAUACUAGAAACAGAAUCUGCGAAACUGAGAAUUCUAGAUGUUAGAGAUGCUGUAUCACAGGAAAGACAGAUUUCAGAGUUACGGGUUUCAAAGGUCAGAAGUGAAGAAAGGCAAUCUGAAGAAACUAGAGAAACAAAGGGCAAAGACAUACAUGACUUACAUAGACCAGAUGAAAAGCAGAGUGCAUCAGAAAGUGAUUCUCAGUCUGAAAUGAUGCAAACUGAAAAACCAUCAGACAGAGAGUGCUUGCAAAGACCUAAACCCAGUUUAGUGAGGUCAUCUGGAAGGAGGGAAGCAACAACCCAGGAGAAAAUGAUAGCUGAGACUUCCUCUCCAAGCUGUGUGAAUUCAGAUGAAAAGUGUUCUGAUGAUGACAGUAGAAGAAACAGAAGGGAAGAUGCAGAAACAGAGGAUGUGGAUUUGGAUACUAAAUCUGAAGAACCUGGAAAAACUGUAAUUGCAAAUACACUAGUUAGAGGAUGUCGACAGAGAUUUAAACCUAAUGUUACAAGAGCAUCUGGAAGGAAAGAAGAACUUGAAAAAGAUACAGGAAAUGAUGGAAUGUCCCAUUCACAACCUAAGAGGGAAACUGAGAAGAAUACUGACCAGAGUAAUAAGUGUGCUACCAGUGAAGAAGCUGCAGAAGAAGAUGAUAAAGCCCUGGAGACAAUGUCUCAGUCUAAUGAAACAGCUGGUUUUGAAGAAAACAGCAAACAGAGUGUGUUGAAACCAACACCUCUAAAUAGAGGCAGACUGCAGAGACCAAAACCAAAUCUAGGAAGAACUGUUGCAAGGCAAAAAGACUUGACAGAUGAAAAACAUCCUGAAGCGGAGAAAACCAAAGGUGGAAAAUUAGGAAAAGGUGUGAUAACCUACAAGGGUGAAAACAGUGAUCUGUGCCUCAAAAAUGAUGUAGUUGUUCAUGAAGAUGCCCAGCCACACAGCCUGAUGUUAGAAGGGAAUGUCUCUACAGAUUCUGAACUGAACUCAGUACCUAGAAGGCAGUGUUCCCAAGGAAAGUCCUCAGAAGCAGAAAGCUAUGAAAGUGAAAAGGAAUUAUCAGGUGCCUUGAAACAGCUUUCAGAGUUCAAUACAGGGGAGUCUGAUCCCCAGAAGGAAAAGGAGAAAACUGUUGUGUCAUCAUCUCGGCUACUGAGGAGUAGAUUCCAGAGACCAAAGCCGAAUUUAAGACCAACUAGUAGAAAAGACGUGCUGGAUAUAAAUAAUAAAUUAUCACAGAAAGAUACAAGCAAGGAUGAAAGUUUGACACAAUGUGGCAGUGAAUGUAAUAUCCUUCCUGAUAUAAAUAAAGCUGAAAAAUAUAAGGUCCUGCAACCGUUGGAAUCUUCUGGAAAGCAGAAGUCAUUUGACUCUCAGGAGGAUUCUGAGAGGCCCAAUUUUAAGUCCCCAGAGACAUUUUCAAGAUCAGAGGAUGAUGAGCUCAAAUUUUGUCUGCCGAAUAUUAAACAAGAUGACGGCUCAACUGCUAAUGCAGGCAAAAAUAAUGCUGAAGAAGAAAGUAAAGAAAGAUCUCUUCAACCUGUCCAAUUAGCACGGAGCAGAUUCCAGAGGUACAAACCAAAUUUGGGAAGAGCUGUUGGGAAGAAGGAAUCACAAAUACUUGGAAAUGAGAGGGAGAAAAAGCCUGAAGUGAAGCAGUUGGUAUUGCAAAAAGAUGAGCUUGCCAAUACUGUCAUCGGUGAAAAUGAAGCUGUAUUUUGUCAAUCAGAUGUAUUGAGCAGAGAGGAACAAGAACAGCAAGAGGUGCCUCCGGCAACCUGUAUUUCUGAAAAUAUAUUGUGUGAACAAAGCAGUGAUAGAAAAUCUGCUUCCCAAGAAGGCAAGCUGAGUGCUGUGAAACCAGGACAGUUCAUAAGGAACAGAUCUUUAAGAAUUACACCAAAUCUAGCAAGAGUGUACAGCGAAAAAAAAUCUCUGUUUGCACAAAAAGGUGCUGUUCUGGUUGAGGAAGAAGCAAAUGAGGGAGAGCAUCUGCCUGUGGCAAAGGAAUCUGAGGAGCCUCAUUCAUUAAAGGUAAUGUAUUUUCUGCUAAUAUUAUGGGUUUUUUUUCUCAAAUCUAAGGAUGACGUGGAAGUCUUGUUUCUGGGGCAUUUGGCCAAGAAUGACAAUCUAGACAUAAAUGCAAAAAGUAUGAGGUCAGAAACACUCUGUUCCUCUACAAAACUACCUAACUGUCACAGAAAAGGAGAAGAACAAGAACAUCUGUCUACAGAUGCUAUAGGAAGCAUUCAGGCCACGAUAGAAAGGUCCAGUGAUAAAUUACAUUCUGGAGAAGAAAGUAAACACAGUGAUAAAAAACCUUUGCGUCAAGUGAGGGAACCCCAGUGGAACCCAAGGCCAGACCUAAUGAGAGUUGCUAGAAAAAGAAGUUAUCCUGAGGAAGGUGAAAAUGGAGAAGAGGACGAUGCUGAGAGUAGAAAUGCAGAAGACUCUGUGAUGUUAGAAAAAACAGGUGUAUCAAUGCACAACACUAGUUACGUAGUAGAAGCUGCAUCCUUCUCAGAGACUGCAAGAAAACACAACUUUACAUGCUCUGAAGAAACAUCUUGUAAAAGAAUUGAGCAGGAUAGUAGGCUUCAGCCUUCAGAGAUACCAUCAGAGAGUGAGAAUCAAGUAGAACAGGAAGAUAAUCCUGAGCCUUCUGCUUCUCAGGAAAAAUAUUCAGACAAUCUCACAAGAAGGCAGUCCAGAAGGUCAUCAAAGCGAGUAGCGCUGCCAAAACAUGUCUCCGAUCUACAAACUGCUGCAUCUUCUGCUUCUGAAUGUGGGACUGAUUGCUGUGAGAAAGGGACUCAAAGGCAAGAAGUGAAGCUGAGUGUUACUAGACGCAAAAGUUAUAAAACUACACAUAGAAAAAAAUCUGGGAAGGAACACAGAAGUUCAAAGAUAACCUUGGUGACUCUCUGGGCGUCUCAGGAGGAGGAGGAGGAAGAGGACACAGAUGAUUUUGAGCCUGAUGAAGAAAAUGAAUGCUUUGCACCAGAGGAAGUAAACAAAGCUCCAGUGUUUGUUCCUAUAGGUCUUCGAUCUCCAAAACCUGUUCCUGUUCAGAUAGAGGCAACCAUGGAGGAGCUGGAAAUAUCUGUGAAUAUACCAGAUGUGCAGGUAUCUACUGAUGUUGAAAGUCUCUAUCAUGCAUCUGUCCCGCCAGUGGUACAGAGAGAGGAAAAAGAAACAACUGUACAUGAAAAUCCAGAGGUGGACAAAGGAGUUAAUGACGGAAGCACUGAAGCUGCCAUGACCUUACUUGCAAUGGGCGAUCCAAUGUUCCAGUUAAAAACAAGCACUGAAGAAUGGGCACACAUGUUACCUGCUCAAGAUGAGUUGGACAUGACCAAUAGCCUGGGAACCUACGCCUACUCCGAACAGAACAAAACUCCUAGUCAGUACUUACUUUCUGAAGUCACUUCUACCAAGGAAUUGGUCUCUUCUGAAGGUGGAAGCAACGUUAAUAUGGAGGAUCAAAGCACUAACACAAGAAUAGGUGUUGAAGAAUAUUUUGAGAAAAAUCCUAUAGAUACCAGUGAUAGCUCUUCACCUACAGUGAACAGUAUGAGGCUGACAGGAGACAGACACCUGAGGCCUGAGACAACAUUUGGAGGAUUGAAGUCCAAUCAGAACAUAAUUCAGAAGUCUCUUAGUGCAAAUAUACUUGUGAAACAACUAGAGCAAGUUCAAAGUGAGUCUACAAGUUUGGGAUGUACUGCAGAAACACAGAAGGUGGAACUAGAACAGGUCAGACCAACUCCAGGCAGUUCUUCAAUUCUUCAUGAUUUUGAUACUAGAAGUAUGGAACUUACCAAGCAUGCAGAAAAAAUUGAGAGAACAGAAGACAUGACUUAUGCUUGUGGAAGUUCAGGAGAUUUAAGACCUGUAACCGCACCACCAAAACCUGAAGAAUUUCAUCUUGGACUACAGGACUGUCCAAAUCAAAGUUCUGUGGAUGGAAUUCCUGAGCAAAAUUCUUGUCCUCCUGAGCACUAUAUAUGCCCAAUCAACUUUACUCAGAAUGAAGCUUGUGCUCAGGAUGCUCAACAAUGUAUAAGCACCAGAGAAGAGACUUCAGCAGUGAAUGAUGAUCACAAAUGUCCAGAGGAGGAACAGACAUUCAUUUUAACGUUGGUGGAAAUCCCAGCUGACUCAAAAGAGUUUGAUGCAUCCACUUUGCUGGAACACACUUCAGAACCGCUGCUACCGGCCCCAAUACUUAUCAGCCCAAUAAAUGCAAGUGAAACAAGCAUGACAGAAGGGGAGAGCAUUGGAUCCUUGAGAACUGCAGUGGAUCAGUUUGCUGCACCUUUAAACAGCAGCAUGGAAAACAAACAAUCAGAGAGUGCAUCGGUAGAGCCUGUUCUGAAUUUGCAGACAACUCGAAAAAGGACAGCUGCUGAGCCUGAAGAGAAUGAUUUUCCUCCUUCCAAGAAGACUCUGUCUGCUGUUGUAGUGGAAGGUAACUUGGAAACCACUUCUAAGGCUUGUUCAGUUAAAUCCACAAAUGCUCCAAUCAUAGCUUCUGGGAAUCCUUUUCAGAUAACAGAGCCUUCAGCAAAGGAGAAGGUACCUUCCUCUGUGUUGGUGUCUAUGUUACCCCUUGCUGAAAGAAGCCAGCUUGAGACCUUGGAAAACUUAGAGGAUGCACUGCUUGAGAAUUCAGCAUCCAAACAGGAAGGGAUGUCUAAAUUAACCUCUAACAGAAAAGCAGAAAUAAGUGAACAAGGAAAGCGGGAAGAUGGGCAUGAGUAUGGACAGUCAGAACAUACUGGAAGCCUAGCACCACCUUCAAAAACUCCAUUACUCAGGACUGGACGAAAACCAAUGGGUUUUUUAUCUUUAAUUUGCAAAAAAAGCAGUUCUGAAUCUGCAGAAGAUACCAAAGGGAGCAGAGUGAGGAUCCAAAAACCCCGCAUUGUAGCUCCAAAGCGAAAUUUAAAAAAACCCACUCUAGCCACUAAGGAUGAUGGGGAAUCUUAUUCCCUUCCUUCUACAAGCACAUCACCAUCUGUGGAGUGUGAGAAUGUCUCUACUGAUGCUGCAGUUACAGUUCCAAGUAACAAGAUGCCUGAGAAGCCACCCCUUUGUGGUAAAGAUCAAGAAAAGGAAGAAGAGCCAACCAGAAUCUCUGAAUAUUUUUUCAGUGACAUCUUUAUGGAAGUGGAUGAUUCAGAAUAACAAAUGGGAAUUACAGAAACCUAGGAUCUGAGAGUAUAAUGCAACAAGAAAAGAGUAGAUUUUAAAAAUUAUGAUUUGUCCUGCUGUAAAUUGUGCAACACUUAAUGUCAGCCAAGCUAUUGUUAAUAAUUCCGCAUGGAUGAAAUGGACUCCUUCUGAAGCAACAUGGUUACUUUAGACAUUAUUGAAACUACUACAUCAAUGUCAUUGUACAAGACCAGUGGCUGCUGGCUUAUGGUUUCACUUGUUUAGAUGGGUGUAUUAUUUCUCUUCCAGAAAAAUGCAAUGAAAAAAUGCUUAAUCUCGUGAUAAGGAUGCCUUUGAAUUUUAAUGCUAAAGCUUGUGAUACUGGCUAUACCAGUUCUUUACUUCUUUUUGUGAAGUAAGUUACACUAGUAUGUUAGAAAGAGGAAUUAACUUUUUAUGUAGAGUAUAAUCUCUGUAAAUCAGGAUGCAAAUACUGGAAGUAGCCUAGGAAAUACAUUGGUAUGUCAGCACUGCAGGUAUCUCCAAAUUACAUAUUUUUGUAAGAGUUUUUAAUUACAGAAGUUAAAAGAUGCUAACCUGAAAAGCCAGAUGGGCUUGGUUCCUUUAAAAUGCUUUGGGAACAACCAGAAAACCACAAUUUUACUACAAGAACACUAUGCAAUAUUAAUCUUUGCAAUUGUCCUAUUGGAGUGGGAAGAAGAGCUUAAUGUUUCUUGAUAUAAAUACUAAUUUCCUUCUAAAUUUGAAAACAAGGGGAUAGAUACCAUUUAUUUUCCUUGGUUUUAUGUGUAGGUGUUUCUAUAUCUGUUGACUUCUUUGGUUUCCCUUGUGCAAAGUAGCACGAAGAGAUUUGAUUUAAACCAUAUCUAUAAAAUGUGGUUACUUGGAGGAUUUGCUAGGUUGAAGCAGUUGAAUUUGGAUGGUUUACCUUAUGUUGCAUGUCUACUUGUACUAUAACUUGCUAUAAAAGUGCUGAUGUCAAUAGA